UCGAGACAAUACCUUACGUGGGGCUCAGCCGACAAUGCGCACCCGGUCGACAUCUUCUCUCUGGCAGUGACCGAGAAGCAGGUCCUGUCUGUAUCGGGGGCCCCGUCCAUCAAGAUACAUUCGACUACUGAUACGGAGUUUCCGCUGAUCCAGUCCAUUGAUGCAGCUCACCCACUGGGCUGCCACCACAUCGUGACUGACGCCAACGGCUCUCGAGCCAUCACUGCUGGAUUCGACGGGAAUCUCAAGGCCUGGUACUCCCAAGAUGGGUAUUGGUCGGCAGAUACUGCGACUACAGACAUCCUGAAGAAGGUUCAUCCGUGGGCCAUUGCCUUGUCCGGAGACGGCCAGUAUCUUGCAGGUGUCUCUGAGAAUGGUCGUGUCGGCGUAUGGGACUUGGGUGGAGGUGGAGCCCAAAUAAGAGACCAUGAAACCAAGGGCAGCUUCGGCACAUGCAUCGACCUGUCUGCCGAUGGCCGUUUUAUUGCCAGUGGUCAUGAAAAUGGUGCUGUUUACAUCUUCCUCACAGACACUGGCCGCAUGCCGUUCUCUCUAUCAGGCCUGGUGAAACCCGUGCGUGCAGUGGCGUUCUCUCCCGGUGGUAGAAUUCUUGCGGCAGCGGGAGAUUCCAAGGUUAUCGUUCUCUACGACACUUCUUCUGGUGAACAGAUUGCCAAUCUCUCUGGCCACGCGGCCUGGGUGCUGUCUCUGUCGUGGAGCAGCUCAGGCGAGUACCUUCUGAGCAGUUCCUUCGAUGGCAAAGUCAAAGUCUGGUCAAUUGAUACAAAGAUGUGUGUUGCCACACACUCUGAAACUGAGAAGGCAGUCUGGAGUGCCAAGUGGCUUCCAAAGACAGCCCGAUCCGAAUGCUUCGCUACCGCCGGUGCCAAUAGGAGUGUCGCUUUCUACCGUGAGGCAACUGGCGGCUGA